ACGGACUAUAUAGUUCUCGGACGGUAGAGUACUAUGGCUACAGCCUAGACCAGCCCCAAUAUAGAAUCUGACCUUUACGCUCGUGGAAAUGUACGGACAGAUCUGGCAGCAGACGACACAGUUUGCUGUAUUUUGAUAGCGCCAAGCCUAAAGCACGCAAAAGCUUCACCGCGUUCAGCCAGCAAACAUUUCGCUAACGUUAGCGAACUAUUUGAAUGGUUUCUUACGAGACCAUUUGGUUUUACCGUGAAGCGCUAUCAACCAGUCUAGCGGACGUUUCUCAGCUCGGUCUCGCUGAACUCUGACCUGGAUCUGGGUCUGGCGACUCUGGCGCUAUCUAAAUAUAGCCCUGUCGUCUGCUGCCAAAUCUGUUGUUCGCGCCAGCACAGACGCCGUGUGUGCUUUUGUUAUAAAUUCGAUUUCGUGUGCUUACUGUUCGACGCGUAGUCGUACCGUACUCGCCAGACACAGACACAGACCUAGCUCCGUUGUGUUAGUGGACCCAGACUGGCCGCGUCCGCCAUUAUCAGUUUCAUUUUUCGUGAUCAGGAAAACGAAAGGAUGGGCAAGCCAGAUAGAGAAAGGUCGGAGAAACUGGUGUUUGAGGUAGAGAAGAGGCGAUGUCUCUAUGAUCCUAGCCACCCUGACUACAAAGACCGACACCAGAUUGAUGCAGCAUGGGCACAAGUUGCUGACGCUUUGGAGACAACGGCUUACAAUGCCAGAAAGCGAUGGCAGAAUCUUCGCGGUUCGUUCAGUAAAGCAGUUAACACCAAGCCGCCAUGUGGGACAUACGCAAGCCAGAAGGCUCCGACAUUUUAUCUGAUGGACCAAAUGAACUUUCUAAGGUGUUUUAUAACUCGUGGCGCAAUGAUUGGGAACUAUGGGCCAGAGUCUGUCGAAGACACGAUUCCAUCUGCUGAUUCAGAGAUAGAACAACUGGCAGACGCAAAGGAUCACAGUCGAAGCACCAGUCCGUUGAACACCAGCAGUGCAAGGUCUGGAUCUUGCAAGAGAAAACGUCCUUACUCAGAGGACGAAGUCAUGAUCGACUUUAUGAACAGACGAGAACCGGAUGUGGAUCUGAUGUUUUUCAAGGGUCUCCUUCCCUAUGUGAAGGAGCUGACAAAACGACGAAAAAGGGACUUUUUUCAAAUGGUCACAAGCGAACUGUUUAAGUCGAUAAACGAGCAAGAGGCAGAGACACAGUCAGAACCGGUCGACACGAAGGUUCUGAUUUUUAAUGAAAAAUAUUAAACUUCAAAGCGGCAGUACCAAACAUAUUUAUUAUUUUGUUGUUGUGAAAUGUACACGUUAUACUUUAAUUUAUAUGUCAUUAAGAACAUGUAGCGGGUUUCCUCUAUUAACUACGACCGGCCUCGGUGGCGUUGUGGUUAGGCCAUCGGUCAACAGGCUGGUAGGCACUGGGUUCGGAUCCCAGUCGAGGCAUGGGAUUUUUAA